UUUAAAUCCGCGCACCAGUCGGAACUGGAAGGUCCAUUGUCUGACUUGCUUGGAGAAAAAGACACGAGAAAACAGAAGGGAUAGAGAAAGAGAAAGAGAAAGAGAGCGGACUGCCUUAUCCUGGUGAAAGCAAAGUUAGAAAGAUGGAGUCUGUUUACAUUAAACAGGAGGAGGUUCUGGAAUUGGUACCUGUCCGCAUUAAACAGGAGAUGCCUGAACUGGAGCCUGUCCACAUUAAAGAAGAGGAGACUAAACUGGAGCCUGUCCACAUUAAAGAGACUGAACUGGAGCCUGUCCACAUGAAAGAAGAGACUGAACUGGAGCCUGUGCACAUUAAAGAAGAGACUGAACUGGAGCCUGUCCACAUUAAAGAAGAGACUGAACUGGAGCCUGUCCACAUUAAAGAGGAAGAGACUGAACUGGAGCCUGUCCACAUUAAACAAGAAGAGACUGAACUGGGGCCUAUCCACAUUAAAGAAGAGACUGAACUGGAGCCUGUCCACAUUAAACAAGAGGAGACUGAACUGGAGCCUGUCCACAUUAAAGAAGAGACUGAACUGGAACCUGUCCACAUGAAAGAGGAAGAGACUGAAUUGCAGCCUUUCUACAUUGAACAGUCUGUUGAUUUGUUGUGUAAGGAUUCAGAAAACAUAUCCCGGCCAAAAAUAUCACAUCAUUGUUCUGAAUGUUGGAAGAGCUUCAGUCGAUUAGGAAACCUAAAAACACACCAGCAAAUUCACACUGGAGAGGCGCUGCAUCCCUGUCCUAAAUAUGGGAAGAGCUUCAUUCAGUUAGGAAACCUAAAAAGACACCAGCGAACUCACACUGGAGAGAAGCCAUAUCGCUGUUCUGACUGCGGGGAGAGUUUCAGUGUGUUAGGAAGCCUAAAAAGACACCAGCGAAUUCACACUGGAGAGAAGCCGUAUCACUGUACUGAAUGUUGGAAGAGCUUCAGUCAAUUAGGUCACCUAAAAACACACCAGCGAACUCACACUGGAGAGAAGCCGUAUCACUGUUUUGAAUGUGGGGACAGCUUCAGUCGGUUAGGAAACCUAAAAAGACACCAACGAAUUCAUACUGGAGAGAAGCCAUAUCACUGUUCUGAAUGUGGAAAGAACUUUAGUUGCUUAAAAAGCCUACAACUACACCAACGAAUUCACACUGGAGAGAAGCCAUAUUACUGUAAUGAAUGUGGGAAAAGCUUCACUGAAUCAGGACAACUAAAAACACACCAACGAAUUCACACUGGAGAGAAGCCGUAUCACUGUACUGAAUGUGGGAAAAGCUUCAUUGAAUCCGGAACCCUAAAAACACACCAGCGAAUUCACACUGGAGAGAAGCCAUAUCGCUGUACCGAAUGUGGGAAGAGCUUCAGACAGUCAAGCACCCUAAAAAGACACCUGCAAAUUCACACUGGAGCCAGCCUCCCUCCCUCCCAGUCCCUCACCUCUCCACCCUACAUGUUUGAGUGUGUGGAGAGCUGACUAAUUCAUUCUCUCUCUCUCUCACCCUGCAGUAAAUGAAGGGGGUCCCCAGGAGUGAGAGCUAGCUUGAAUCCACAGACACAGAGAAGGGGAUCAUGUCAAACUGAAGAGACAGAUCCAUUCUUUCAGAGUGAACUGGAGAGCCCUGGGAUUCAGCUCCACUCCUGCCCCUGAAUUGGAAAUGAAUCUCACUCAUCAUGCUGUGAGGAUUUAUGACAGUUACAGGGUCAUUCUACUUAGAAGGGAGACAUUGGAAAUAUAUGCCAAGCUUUUUCUCUGAACACUAUAUAUGUUUGAUGCAACACAUUAAGCUGCCAGUAGCAUAUAUAAAGCUCUAUAUAUCAUUAAUUUUUCUUUUGUAUCUUGACUUUUCGUAGUUUUUUUGUGACUUUGUAGACCUAGCCGUGAUGUAUUAAAGUAAUUUUCAUUCCCGUAACUUCGUUUAAUCCUUUCUGUGGUAGUUUAAUUAUGAAUGUUUGUUUCAAACUACUUUUGUAUACAAAUGCUUACCCUUCAUGUAUUAUCAUUUUCUUUCCUGAUUUAAGACUUCGGAUUGUGCCUGUUAUUUUACGCAUGCCUCCCACUGGUGUAGAUUCAACUCGUUGUUCAUAUGUAUGUGAAACUUCCUGUUUAAGAGCUUCAGGGCUUUGAGUUACUUUUAAAAUAAAGCACCUUAAAAUAUAAAAGAAAGCAAAAAAUGUGUUAAUAGUAUGUUAAAUAACAAUGGCAAGAAAUACAUUUGGUUUUCCUUUUAGAUCUUAAGGUGAUUUAUUAAUGAAGAGAAGCAUGUAAACAGAUCAUUGCAGAGUUCUUUAAUUAAACACAAACAGAAAUCUUUUCUUCUCAGUAAUUAAUGUAGUGCACAGACAACUGAAAUAUGCUAAAAGUAUUUACUUGCGUAGCCUACUGUAUACACUGUACUUUCCUUUUACACAACCAAAAUUAUUAUUAUUAUUAUUAUUAUUUAUUAGCAGACACCCUUAUCCAGGGCGACUUACAAUCGUAAGCAAAUACAUUUCAAGUGUUACAAUACAAGUAAUACAAUAAGAGCAAGAAAUACAAUAACUUUUGUUCAAGUGUGACAAACCACAAUUCAAUAAUACAGCAGAUAAUAGUGAUAGUUACAUCAGGAUAUGAUUAAAUAGUGAUAGUUACAUCAGGAUGUGAUUAAAUACAAAGUACUACAGGUUAAAAACUUGGCAGAUUACAGUAUUCUGAAGUACAGGAUUAAAUGCAGUAAAAUAGAGAGGUGUUGAGGAGGGAGGAGAUGAAGAGAGCAGGAGCAGCAGCUUGAAAGAGGUGAGUGGGGAGGGGGUCCAAGGCACACGUGGUGGGUUUGUGACCCUGGAGCAGGGAGGAGAGGUCAGAGUCCGAGAGGGGCAAG